GCCGACUGAACUCUCCUCGAUUUUCGACUAUAUUUUCUCCCAUAUUUUUCGAUCGAAAUCCAGAACUUCAUCCAAUCUAGGGUUCCGCAUUUUUUCGGACCGAUUUGAUGAUUGAGGGUUUGCUUGGUAUUUGGAUUUAUCGCAGCGCAGGUCAUGACGAUUCCAGAUUCGUCGGCGUAUAGCUACAUGAUGGAGAAUGGGUCGAUAGAACUGCCUUGCAUGCCGGAAGAGGAGAGGAGGAUUGUUCAGGAAUUGACUGUCAAAGAUGAGUCUAAUAAGCGGGAGGGGAACUUGUACUUCGUCGUUUGUAGCAGGUGGUACAGAGAAUGGCAGAGGUACACUGGGCUAAAGGAAGGUGCUUAUCCAUUUGAAGAUCAUUCUAUUAUAUCUCGAUCUCUAAUAUUGGAAGAUAGGCCAGGAGUUAUUGACAACAGUGGUAUAAUUGAUGGUGGAUUGGACUAUGAUGAUGAUGCCCCACAGCUUUUCAGAACUCUGAUGGAAUUGCACGAUUAUGUUUUAGUUCCACAAGAAGUUUGGGAGAAGCUUUUGAAAUGGUAUAAAGGAGGUCCAGCAUUGCCACGGAAGAUGAUAUCUGUUGGGGAUCAACAGAAACAAUUUGUUGUGGAGGUCUUCCCCCUUUCUCUCCAGCUAACUGACUCUAGAGAUCUGAGUGAAGUAAUUAUAAGACUUAGUAGAAAGGCUUCCAUACACGACCUCUAUGUGAAAGUUUGUCAGCUUAAAGGCUUGCAAACCGAAAAGGCAUGCAUCUGGGACUACUUUAAUAAGGAGAAGCGAACUAUAUUAAUGUCGUCUAGCCAAACUCUGCAGGAGUCUAAUUUGGUGAUGGAUCAAAAUAUUCUUCUUGAGGUGCCCGCAGAUGAUCUUUUCAUGGAUUCAACCGGCAAUGGCUUAGCUUUGGUUCCAGUGGAACCUAUAAGAUUUCCUUUUUCGAUUGCUGGUGGCCCUACUAUGUCUAGUGGUAAUUCAAACAAUGAUCUUGGCAUGGAUUCAACCGGCAAUGGUUUAGCUUUGGUUCCAGUGGAACCUAUAAGAUUACCUUUUUCGAUUGCUGGUGGCCCUACUAUGUCUAAUGGUAAUUCAACCGAUGAUCUUGGCAUGGAUUCAACCGGCAAUGGCUUAGCUUUGGUUCCAGUGGAAUCUAUAAGAUUACCUUUUUCGAUUGCUGGUGGCCAUACUAUGUCUAAUGGUAAUUCAACCGCUUGUAGCUCCAGCUUAUACCAAACAAGUACAUCUACUUCCACUUACGGAGAUAUGGAAAUUGGAUAUGAUGAUUUAAAGCCUGUAACGAGGGGAGUUAGGGGAGGUUUGGCAGGAUUGCCAAAUUUGGGGAACACUUGCUUCAUGAAUAGUGCUCUUCAGUGUUUAGUUCAUACACCAAACCUGGCUGAUUACUUCUUGCAAGAUUACUCUGAUGAGAUCAACGAACAGAACCCUUUGGGAAUGCAUGGGGAACUUGCUCUUGCCUUUGGAUAUCUGUUGCGGAAACUCUGGUCUUCUGGUGGAGCACCAGUUGACCCUCGUGUGUUUAAGGGGAAGCUUGCUCGAUUUGCUCCGCAGUUUAGUGGGUAUAGCCAGCAUGAUUCUCAGGAACUCCUUGCGUUUUUGCUUGAUGGGCUUCAUGAAGAUCUGAAUCGUGUGAAACAGAAACCGUAUAUAGAAACAAAAGAUUUUGACGGUCAACCCAAUGAAGAAGUUGCAGACGAGUUUUGGAGAUAUCACAAAGCCAGAAAUGAUUCGAUAAUUGUCGAUACUUGUCAGGGACAAUACAAAUCGACGCUGAUUUGCCCUGUUUGCAACAAGAUUUCAAUAACUUUUGAUCCCUUCAUGUAUCUCUCCUUGCCUCUUCCUUCAAGUGCUACUCGGUCAAUGACAAUAACGGUUUUCUAUGGUGAUGGAAGUGGCCUUCCUAUGCCUGUCACUGUUACAGUUCUCAAGGAAGGAUGCUGCAAAGAUCUUAUCAAGGCUUUGGGCAUUGCUUGCAGUUUAGGCAGUGAUGAAUACUUGCUUCUUGCUGAGGUCUAUAGACACCGAAUAUAUCGGUACCUGGAAAAUCCAUCGGAAGCUUUGGCUAAAGUUCAGGACGAGGAACAUAUUGUUGCAUAUAGGCUUUUCAAAAAAGACACGGAUCUAACAAGAAUAGAGAUAUGCCACCGGUACCAGGAAAUUGAACGGAAGAUGUUUCUAACACCAUUAGUUACUUACUUGGAGGACCCCCCACAAUCUGGAGCUGAUAUUGAUAUUGCCGUAGACCGAGUGCUCUCCCCUCUAAGAAGGAAAUCAUUUCUUACUUCAACAACAAUCCACUGCAAUGGAGAAAAUGGCUGUGAUGAUGAUAAUCAUGCAAUGGGAGAUCAAAUGGAGAUUUCAGGCACUGAGCCGGAACAUGAAUUCCUCCAAUCGAGAGAGGAAAUGGAGCCAAAGGGCAUUUCAAACCGAGAAUCAUCUUUCCAGCUUUGCAUUACUAAUGAUAUGGGUUAUGGCUGCUGGCCUAUAGUGAAGAACUCACCCAUAAAGCCAGGUCGUAUAGUCAAAGUUUUGCUUGACUGGACUGAAAAGGAACACGAGCUCUAUGAUGCCAGCUACCUAAAGGAUCUACCUGAGGUGCACAAAGCAAAGAAAAUGAAGCAGGAGACCGUCUCUCUAUUUUCGUGCUUGGAUGCGUUUCUAAAGGAGGAGCCCCUUAGUCCUGAUGAUAUGUGGUAUUGUCCUCGGUGCAAGGAACAUAGACAAGCAAGUAAAAAGUUGGAUUUAUGGAGGCUGCCGGAUAUACUUGUCUUUCACCUGAAAAGAUUCUCUCAUAGCCGAUGGCUGACGAACAAACUCGACAAGUUUGUCAACUUUCCGAUUCAAAACCUUGAUUUGAGCAGAUAUGUGAAGAGUGGUGAUGGCAUGACAAGUGGCUCGCAUGUCUAUGAGCUUUAUGCCAUCAGCAAUCAUUAUGGGGGCCUUGGUGGGGGACACUAUACGGCAUAUUGCAAGUUAAUAGAUGAGGACAGAUGGUAUGACUUUAAUGAUGCAUACGUUUCGCCCAUAAACGAGUCUGAAAUAAAGACAUCGGCAGCUUAUGUGUUGUUCUACCGUAGGGUGAAAAAUCUACCAUAACUGGUUUUUUGACAGUAGCGUGAUCUCUUAUCAGCUAGGACACAUAGCAUGGCUUGUAACGACUUCUAAUGGAUUAGAAAGAUAGAACAAAUGCAAUGACCGUGAAGUUUUUUUAUGAAAAUGACACCGUCGAAUUGGAGGAUAUUGGAUUAGAAAAUUUUAUGUAUAUAUCGGGAAAAACAUGCUAAUGUUUGAUUUUUAUCUAUCUAUUUAUUUAUCUUUUUAUUGGUAGGAAAUUAUUGGAUUACAAAUAAGCUAUUGUGAAAUGAGGUCCGGUUUCAGAUUGGAAAAUUGUAUGUCUAUUCAUGUUUCAUUCAUUCAACUGCAUGAAUGACAUGUAUUCAUAAUGAUGUCGCUAUUAUAUACACACACGCUUCAAUGAACUAAAAUUUGAAUUGGAACACUAAUAUAGAAUAGGGAAUUAGAAGUUGAAUGUAUGUGUGAUGUCAGCAUAAAUAUG